GCCUGCUGCCAGAGCGUUUGCUAUUUUGGCAGUUUGUGCUGCAUGGGGAGUGCUGAGCAGGCCUGCUCAUCUGACUCUGUUGGAAUUGCACACAGCCUGCGACUGCAGUAAACAUCGCAAGAGAGAGAAUGGCAGCCACUGAGCAGAGCUGGGCCUGGCUGAUGAAUCCAUGCUCACAGCUGAGUGGGAUGGCCCUCUCAACUCACUUAGGCGGUGUCACUGCGACUGAAGCACACUGGGUUUAUCAUUAACGCCUCUAGAGCAACAGCGGCAGCAGAGGCAGCUUCCAGAAGGCUGGAACCCCCAGCUAAUUAGCAGGUACCUUUGGCCCAGAUUGGCUAUUAACCACUGCUCACACACCAAACAGGAAUUCAGGGAACUGGUGACUGACAGAACAGACUAAGAGAGUGUGACUGGCCCAUGUUUCCAUGGAAGAAUAGCAUUUGAACCCAAGUCUCCUAUAUGUUAGUCUGGCACUCUCAAAAUUACCGAAAGUCUCCAGCAUGGCAAAUGACAACACUGAAGAACUGCUGGCCAAGGAGUCACCAGGGACUGAGGAUCCCAUAUAUGAAGAAGUGAAAUGGUUCAACAAAACAGAACAAAAUCAACGGAUGGCUGUGGAAGAGCUCAUCAGCACGGAAACAAGCUAUGUACACAACCUCCAUCUUUGUAUUUCUGACAUACGUGACCAUCUCCAGAAAAAGCAGCUGCCUGAAAUAGACUUGGAAGGAUUAUUCUCAAAUAUAGAUGAUGUCCUGAGUGUUUCCAGACGUCUUAUGACAGGCCUUGAAGCCCUGGCAAACCAGAAACAUGAACAGCUGUUUCAUAUCAGCUCCUUAUUCCAAGAUCUCAAAGAGGAGAUGGAAAAUGUCUACAAAGGUUAUUGUGGCAACUACGAUCAAGCUCUUCUCCUGCUGGAUAUUUACAGAAAGGACCCAAGAUUACAAAAAGAGAUUUUGGAUACCCUGCAUCACACAGUGCCUCACACUGGUGCUUCAGACUUGAGCUUCUUCUUGGUGAUGCCAGUACAGCGAGUUACAAAAUACCCACUACUGCUGCAAAAGAUUUUGGAAAACACUCUGGAUAGUGACAGUGCUUAUGAAGCCCUUUCAGCUGCAACCAAGGCUAUGGUAGAAGUCAAUGCCAACAUCAAUGAGUACAAAAGGCGCAAGGAAGUAGCGGACAAAUACAACAAAGCUGGGUAUUUGACACUGCGGGAUCGCUUGGCCCGACUCAAUACACAUUCUAUCGCCAAGAAGACCACACGACUGAGCCGCCUCUUUAUGCAUGAGGCUGGAAUUAUACCUAAGGCAGAGGACAAGGACUUUGAUGAUUUGGAAGAGAGGUUUCAAUGGCUGGCAUCGGGUAUAGCUGAUCUGAAAGAGAAUGUGGCAUCUUUUCUGAGCAACACUGAGGUGUUCCUUGACUCUAAACCCCAUGAGAAUGAACUGGACAUAGAAGAAGGGACUAGACAUCAGUGGUGCCGUCUUGCAGGAAAACUCAACAGCACCAUCUUGCCUGAGUUUAAGAAACGCCUGGAACACCUGGUGUAUCUGCCACUGUGCAAUUUGUCAGAAACCCUGAAAGGGCCUCAAAAAUUGAUCAAGAAGCGCUUACACAAACUGUUGGACUAUGAGGAACUCGAGAAGAAGAGGAAUGAGACAGGCAGUGUGACAUAUGAGGAAGAGGCUGCCAUAAAUACCUAUCUUGCCAUUAAUGACUUGCUGAUGUCUGAACUUCCUGUGUUCAACCUUGUGACCCUCAAGUGGCUGAGGCAGAUUCUGCAGAGUUUUGUGGUUCUUCAGAGAGAUCUGGCUAAGCAAGUUCUUCAAGAGGCAGAAAAGGAGGUAGCCCAGCUGCCACACCGGCACCUUCCUGAAGCUGAUUUCUGGAAGAUAGUGAAAGAUAACUUAUGCCAGGCUGAAAAUCAGCUUUAUUCCUUCUCCAAAAAUUUUGAGAGUGUUAUGCCAAGCCCAGUUGUGCAGCCUCUCGACCCUGCAGAGGAGAGGAGGGUCCUUUUGCUUGUGAAUAAGCAUGGACCAGAUAAGCUAUACCAGGUGACAAGCAAUAUCAGUGGCAGCAAAGAUAUGGACCUGACACUUCAGAGGGGGCAGAUUGUGGCUCUUCUUCAUGGCAUGGACACCAAAGGCAACAGUAACCGAUGGCUGGUGGAUACUGGAGGGCCAAGAGGCUACAUCCCAUCUGGGAAACUUCAGCCAUAUCAUUUAGUCCAAACCCCAAAGUCCAAGAUGGAGAUGCUGAUUCCAAAUGAUGGGGCUGAGAGGAGACGCCAUUCUUACAAUUUGCCUGAGACUCCCAACCCUCCCAUCAAUUUCAAUACAUCGGCUUUCCAGGUGGUGGCUGGCUACUCAUUCACAGCCAGGAACAACCAUGAGGUCAGCUUAAGACCAGGUCAGCCAGUAACUGUCCUGGAGCCACAUGAUAAGAAGGGGAGCAAAGAGUGGAGCCUGGUCGAGGUGAAUGGACAGAGGGGCUAUGUGCCUUCCAGUUACCUGGUGGUAGGGCCCAUUCCAAAACCACCUGGAUGGAGCUCACCUGCAUGGUCACUUCCAGCUCAGCAGACCUAAUAGAAAGAAAAUGUUCUGUUUCAGAAGUCGGUUCUAUUUCCCAUUAUCUGUCGCCUCCAUUGCUCCCCAAGGGGCCAGCCAUGCAAUAAGGACAGAUGCAUGUGGUGAGGCCAGGAAGCAAGUAGAUUGGUACAAGUCCACAUUUUUAUGCAAAAGUGUGAAGGAAUAUUGAUGUGAGGCUGUUUGCAGUGGUCUUUUUUUUCUUUUCAGCCUAACAGCACUAAUAUGAUUCUUGCACAAGUUUUGAGUGAAAAGAAUCUAUCGAAAAUGUAGGGCCAAUCUCAAGAUGUUGGCACCAUCAGUGUUGUUUGACAAAUAGAUGUUUGUGAAUGGACAGUUCCAAUAGAAUGUGAGAAAUGUGCUCAAGGAGUAACAGAGUCUUCAUUCUGGUAUAAUGAAAGCAAAAGAAAAAAAAACUUAUUUUUGAUAGCUUUAUUUUUGGCUUUAAAAAAGAAUUACCUUCCUGUGGAAUGAUCUGCAAAAUAUUACUGGGGUUGGACUGGAAGUAAAAUGCCAGAUUUGGGUUUCAUACAAGAUAUUAUAUCAUAUUAUAUUAUAUCCCUUUUCUCAUUUUUUUGCUUUGCUUUUGUUCUAAAAAGUGAAGGUAAGAGAAGAAACAGAGUAGGCUCCUGUGUUGGGCCAUAGAAAAUAUCAAAAAUACUAGUUAUAUUUAUUUUUAUUAGAACAAUCUAAAAAAAAUAACAAAACAGUAAGCAGGCUUUCAGGUCCCCCAGAACUCUUCAUCAAGUUGGAUAUUCUGGAUGGAAAGGCGAGGAAGGGAGAGGGAAAAAUUUCAGGAUGUGAUGGAUGAUCCCCAGGCUGCAGCUAGAACGUAGUUUUAAAAUGGAAUGUAGGAACCUGGCAAAUAGUUCUCCUUGAGGCCUAUGAGCAGUGACUCCAGAAAGCUUAAAGAAUAAAAUACUCUGCUGCACUGUUUGUAUCCCUAACAAAGAAAAGAAUAACACUAGAAAUUGGGUUGUUGUGUGGUUUCCAAGCUGUAUGGCCGUAUUCCAGUAGCAUUUUCUCCUGA